AUGUUCCUUAGGCAGAGAAAAGCAGUCCGCACGUCUGGGGCAACUUAACCUUCCCCUAUAUCGUCUUCCCUACACGUUCUAGACUUUAAACGCAGAAUGGAAAGGCUGGAAUAGAGCCCGUUGUUUUUACAGCAACGCUGCUUCUUUAGUCAAUCACCAUUCUAGCGGCGCGUAUCCCUUUACCUUCAACAAGGUAGAUGGAACAUAUACGCCAGUCAUUCGUUCUGUCACCUGCAUUAUUCUCUGCGGCACGUGAGUGUAACUGUGUUGUAGGGAUGAAACGAGCUUGGUGAUGUAUGUGUCUCCCGUCGUUUAUGCUUUGGCCGGAGCUGGAUGACGUCUGGCUGGGCCGAAUGACUUUCCGGAUUACUAUGAACGGAACGAGUUGGUGCUAUGCGUCCGCUGGAAUUACCAAUUGCGACAUGCGUCUGCCGUAUACCUUGGAUGUUCUUUCGCUUGUGUUUGUUUCCACUGAUUUCGGCUGCGUACCCUUGAUUGCUCUACGUUCCACGGUACGCGUCGAUGCACUACAGACAGUACUCUCGUUUUAGAACCGGAGACCUAUGACGUGGUUUUUUGGUGGUGUGCCAUGCUGUCGGCAAUGGUGGUGGUGCUUGCAGCGGGGUCAAAGUGAGUUGUCGCGAUCACCACCUACCACCCCCGCGUCUCUGUGGGGAGUCUGGAGCACUAGCGCUUCGGUUAAAUCACCCGUGGAUGUUGAAACUUGUUCGCUGCUCGGUCGGCCACGUUCUGUCUCCUUCUCCUUUAUUUUUGCCACCGAAGAACGUCAUUGAUUGCUUACGUGACAGCGACCGGUGAUUGGAUUGAGCUCCGGUCUUUUCAGCCGGGUAAGCCAAUCGUCUUCGAGUAGCUUUUGCCACCGGAUGUUGUGCGCCGUUCACGAGCACCCUUCAUCUCCGCAACAAGGAGCAGAUGCGCUGAUUGGGCCGCUAAGGUUUGAGUCGCAGGUGUUUUUGUCUUGUAUCCCGCGUACUGCGACCACUUAGUGGCCACCACAAGACACGCUAAACUUGGUGCCUUGGUCUGGAUGCGAUGGUUCUUCUACACAAUGUUUCACGCAUUGUCUGUGACGCCGGGCGAGCAAUGACACCGAUUGAUCGGUUUCGGUUUCUGGACGGGGCGUACAAUCUUCCCUGAGUUUCUUAGGGCUGUUUUUUGUCGAUCCUGCGUCAGCAGUGCUCAACAAGUGAACGCUUAGUCAGGAUUGCGUAUCUUAUCGCUUCUCGUGAUUGGCCGUGGUCCCCUGAGCUAAGUUUCUCUUAUUGUAUUCUUUUUAUGACGUCAACUGGUGAAAUAAGCUUCCUUUGGUCUUCCUCAUGACGUCAAACGUAUAUAAAUAGUGGAGUUAGCCCGCCAUGGCCGGACCACCUACUCACCAUGCAACACACAUUUGAUCGCACGUACCCUGAUGUCGUGCAUGAAGGCGAGAACAACCAUUCACGGUGGCAACGUCAAGGUUCUCAGUUCCAAUCCAUGACGACUCAAAAGCCCAUUGUUUUGCCUUUGGACGAUGAUUUUCCCAAUUGGCUUUCUACAAACGACUCGUUUCGCGACACUGUAAGCGCGACAGCAUUCGAAGGAAAGACGCCUGACCCAGCAAUUGUUCCGCCGUGGGACGACAUGCUGGACGUUCCCAAUCAGGUGUUUGACGAUCACAGACUCAUGGACACAACUAAUCUCGAUCAGUCGGCGCUGGCGCUCGACCCGCUUGGACCUGAAGAAUCAGUGCGGUUGCUGAACCGGGAUUCUCCUUACUUUGAUGGUAGUCGGAGUGUCACGGCUAAUCCGCCCGACAAUGGUCCUCUCAACGAUAAUGUUCAAAAUGAAGCUUUCAACGCUUCCCAUUACACAAAUGACUUGAACGAGCUACCGCCAGCGUUAUCGUUUGUCAACGACAUGAACGAUGCGAAUGGCAGUUUCGACACAAGCGGCGGUGACUUUUCGCAUGUGCCUCCUUUUGGUGGGGAUUUGUCAUCGUCGUUAGAAACGGGCUUCUUUUCUGAUCACAAUCCUGAAACGUCGCAAAUGCCGCAUCUUCAGAACGUCGCACUGGCUGGUGAAGGGUCUGCUUCACAUCAGGCGUCGCCAGCUGGUCUUCGACCAAACGCUCCUGACUCAAUGUUGAGUCCAGGAAAUAUGGCCGACGCUUCUCUUCUCUCUCCUAUGCCGCAACAUCAACACAUGACUCCCCCGUUACAUACCUCUCCAGCGAUGCCUCAUUCCCCUGCCCUCUCUAACGCUCCCUCCUCUGCUCAGUACAUUUCGCCCGUUAUGCCUCAUGAAGAUCCUGCGGCUGUCCUCUCUCCUCCCGAGCAACAGCAACCUAUGUCCUUUGCAGAUUUGCAGCAGCCCAACGGUAACUCGAUUGAUCCAGCGUCGUCCGUGUUUGCUGCGGCGAACACUUUUCCUAAUGUGCAAAUGAGUUUACCCGGAGAUGAGGGUUUGCAACGUAUGCAACCAAUGCCUAGCAUUCCGGAUGAGAGCGGCAAUAAUUUCAAUCCGGCCUUCGUAGGCAAUGCUACUCGGGCUGUUCCAACGACUGUUCCUUCAAACACAGACGUUGAUCCUAGCAACAAGCCUCCGCUGCAAACACAACCCGCUAACCUGUACAAUCCUCCCAAUACUGCUACUGGUUCUGAGGCUGUGAUUACGCCAUCGUACCGAAAAGGUGGUGAGCCAUUGAAUCGGAAUAUUACGUCCAACGCUCAUUCUACAAAGUACGGAGCAGGUGGAUCACGGAGGGGCAAAAAGACACUGGCCGAAGGCGUUACCCCGGUUGACGUCUCGUCGACGGACAUGGUCGCUUCUAUUGACACACAGACGCGUCCCAACCAGAAACGGAGGCGAAAGUACAAGUUUGCUAAGCAAGCCGGCCCUUUCCGUUGCACGCUCCCUGCACGUAACUCGAACGAGAUUUGCAACACAGUGUUUUCACGAACCUAUGACUUGGUCCGGCAUCAAGACACAGUGCACGCUAAGAACAAGGCUGCGUUUAAAUGCAGUAUUUGUGGUGACCAACGUGUUUUUAGUCGGCACGAUGCUUUAGUUCGUCACAUGCGUGUCAAACAUGGCCAUUAAAAUGAUCUUUCUCGCAAACGAGUGAGGUGUGCAGUGGUGCUGUUUACCUUUUUCACCAUUCUAGUGCGCUUCCCCUUUCCCUCGUGAUUUUUUGAUUUUGUAUUAUCCGUUUAUUUUGUCCUUUUUCGUUUGCUCGUUUACUCGCGCUACUUCUAAUAUCCCUCCUUUUACGAUGUUCUUUCUUCCGAUUCAUUCCUCCUUUUGUUUCUCCAUCUCCGAUCGCAUACUCAAUACUUCUUUCUAGAUGGCCACGUUUUCGUUGAGUUUUCUUUUCAUUAUGUCAUGUCCUAUUCCUAUUUUAUUUUCCCUUUUUAUGUAUGUUUAACUUAUUUCUUCCUGGAUCCGGUCUAUUCCUCUUCACCAACCCGCAAAACUGGACAAGGUUCGCAUUCGAUGUACCUGCAUACUCACGGUUCUUCAUUGCUCUUUCGUCAUGCACACUAAGAGUUAAACGUGAUGCUGCCGCGUGCUAUUAACGCAUGCGUUUCCAAGUCUUCUAUCCAAACCGCCUGUGGAUUAGACAUUGAAGCAUUCAAGGCAAUCUGUUUGCCUACCCACGCACUGCUGAGGAUCCUGUACGUAAAAUUACGAAAAUCUGACGCACUCUUGUGAGGGUGUAGACUCUGAGCGUAUUGAAGCAUGAACGUUGCCAGCAGCGGACCGGGCACCAGCAAUUCGGGAUAUGACUCUUGCUGUGUCGUGUAUCGCCAAUCCCAAUGGAUGCGGUGAGCAUUGAACAUGAGUGCUGAGUAUCUCCACACAAGAACUGGCGUUGGUGUCAGAUGAAAUGUCUGCGUGUCUGCUGUCUGUUGGCGCAUCCGAAUAAACCUGCGAGUGUUUACGUCGUUUUGAACGUAACCUAAUGUGCGGUUUUCGCGUAUGCAUAGUUGUCCAUUGGAUGAAUAAAUGUCGCGUUGUACAUGUACUCGGUCUGUGGCGGUUCGUACAAGCUCAUGGCAUCUGGCGUACUGGUGCAAGUGUAGCGGUGCUGUAUGUUCUAUAGAGCCGUACAACCACAGUCGAUGUCUGAACGGGAUUGGUGUGCCGCUUUCUGUGAAAGGUGCGUGGUCCUUGUCGUAGCCGUCUCCGAGCAAUUCGUGUUCGGGCCUCGCAUCGUUGAAAUACACUAGGUGUUCACCAGGCAGUAGUGUCAGUUUCUCGGAAGGCUCCGGGUGUUCCGUAAGCUCUUUUUGCUCACUGUAAUAGGGCGAUAAGACAUCGCUAAGGGUUGCGCGCAAUUUUUGUAGCGGCGUCUCAGUAAGAAACUCUUUCAGCACAAACCGUUUCAUUGCGGCUAUCACGCUCAACCAGCCAGGUUAAAAUGACUGAUAGUAGUAACUAACGAGUUUCGUGAUUUAGUGAAGAGUUACGAGGCAGUUUAAUAUUUCGUUAUGUUGUUUAACGUGUGUAAGGGCGUUUUCGUUGAUCAGUGCUUUAAUGAGAU